GCCUGGUUUGGGCGUGUGGCGCUCUCCCCACCGCUGCCAACACAGAAACCUUUAUCCCCUCCAGGCUCCAGCCCGCCAUUUGUAUCCACAAACUCCUCUCCUUACCUUACUACAACUUACACCAUCAUCUCUGAAUCACGCCCAAUUCCUCCACUCCCUCAGCCCCUGCUGAGAUUUUAGCAUCCACUCCCUCCAUGGCGGCGGCAGCAGCAUCGUCAUCGGCCGUGGUCGCUGGCGCCCCCUCUUCCUACUCCAGGCCCCGUUGCUACCCUAUCCAGACCACAGUAGCCGCUCAAAACCAGAAAACCCAAUUCCAAGGGCUGUCCAUACAAGACGCCAAGAGGCAGCAAUCCUCGUCAGCCAUCUUCAUUAGUAGCAAUACUGUCGACAAGAAGCAGGCGAGGAGAGGGCUGGAGAUCAAUGCCAAAACUGCAGGGGCGUCAAAGUCGAUUGAAGUCGAAGUAGACAAGCCACUCGGCCUCACCCUGGGCCAGAAGUCCGGCGGUGGCGUUGUCAUCACGGCCGUGGAAGGGGGUGGGAACGCAGCAAAAGCAGGGCUAAAAGCUGGAGACCAAGUGCUGUACACAAGCAGCUUCUUUGGGGAUGAGCUCUGGCCAGCUGAUAAGCUUGGCUUCACUAAAACUGCUAUCCAAGCUAAGCCUGACUCGGUGUACUUCGUCGUUAACAGAGGUGCAGCAGUGGACGUCAAGAGACUGCCAAAGCGACCGGCACCUCCCCGCUUUGGGAGGAAGUUGACUGAUACUCAGAAGGCUAGAGCUACCCACAUUUGUCUCGACUGCGGUUACAUAUAUACAUUGUCCAAAUCUUUUGAUGAGCAGCAGCCGGAAGGGUACGUGUGCCCGCAGUGUCUGGCACCCAAGAAGAGGUUUGCUCGAUACGAUGUCAGCACCGGGAAAGCAAUCGGAGGUGGGUUGCCGCCAAUCGGUGUGAUCAUUGGGCUGGUGGCUGGUCUUGGUGCAGUCGGUGCACUACUUGUCUAUGGUCUUCAAUGAUGAGAAGCUGCACCUGCUGCUGCCUGCUAUGUGCGUGCUCAAACAUGUAGUCUAGUCAGACAUUGCACAAGUGCAUCUAUCAUCAUUGUCACAAAAUAUAAGUGAUUCUGAAAGUUGUUGAAUCAUCUUUUGGCUGUCAUAUCAUGAGAAGUGAAAGUGUUCCACCAUUGUAAACAAACUGCUAAACAUGCUUAUAAUGAUCUUCUGCUUUGCAAUCUGUAGUCAAAAUUUCGAUGACCAUACUCCACAAGCAAACAACUUCUAAAUCCCUCAAAUAGAUGGC